UUCUGGACAAACCCAUAAGCCACUCAAAAACAGCUCUCUGGUAGGUGUUUACGCUUAGCGUUUUCAUCCUACAAUGAGAUCGCUGCCCAUUGUAGUUUUAUCCCUCCUGAUUCUUGUCCUUGCUGCCCAUGUAUCCCAAGCCGAUGACAAGGGCUCUCCAAGCGGAAAUGGGAAGGGUUCCCAUGAAGGUGACGGUGAUGAUCAUAAAUCAAAUGGCGUAGGGCCGGUGAAAAAGCCAAAAUGCCAUAAGCCCGGACGUGGUCCGAAAAACCAUGACAAUGAUGGUCGAGGACCACCGGAAAAGGAUUGCGAUGAUGAAGAAACAACACCGUCAUCACCGGGGCCUUCCCCAGACCAAGGUAACGGUUCGCCAUCACCACCGCCAUCCCCUUCUUAUUCUCCACCCAUGAAUACCCAGUCACCUCCACCUCCAUUAGAAACUAGUCCUACCACACCUCCACCCUACCAACCCAGCAAUCAAUCCCCUCCGCCACCAUCAUCAUCAAGCCCACCACCAACACCUCCAUCUAGCCCCCCUGUUACACCUCCAACCUACGAACCUAAUGAUCAAUCGCCACCGCCUCCAAUGAAUCCUCCACCCAUUACCCCACCACCUCCAUCUAGUCCACCUGUGGCACCUCCAAUGAGCCCGACUAAUCAGCCUCCUCCACCGUCAUCAUCAUCUAGCCCCCCACCACUAGCUCCAGCCACUCCACCAACAUCUCCAUCAAGUCCCCCUGUUAUGCCUCCAUCCUACGAACCUAACGAUCAAUCGCCACCGCCUCCAUUGAAUCCUCCGUCCAUUCCCCCGCCACCAGCUAGCCCACCUGCCUCACCUCCAAUGAACCCGACUAAUGAUCAACCUCCUCCACCAUCUCCGUUAUCUAGCCCCCCACCAGUAGCUCCAGCCACCCCACCAACACCUCCAUCUAGUCCCCCUGUUACGCCUCCAUCACCAACACCUCCAUCUAGUCCCCCUGUUACGCCUCCAUCACCAACACCUCCAUCUAGUCCCCCUGUAACGCCUCCAUCCUACGAACCGAACGAUCAAUCGCCACCGCCUCCAUUGAGUCCUUCGACCAUUCCCCCACCACCUCCAACUAGCCCUCCUGCAGUACCUCCAAUGAACCCAACUAAUGAACAACCUCCUCCACCAUCGUCAUCAUCUAGCCGCCCACCAAUAGCUCCAACUACUCAACCAUCUCCCUCUAGCCCACCUGCUACACCUCCAACAGACUCAACUGAUGAGGAAACUCCUACAUCACCACCAUCAUCUAGUCCACCAGUAACUCUAUUAAGUCCUCCACCACCAUCAUCGAGUACACCACCGGCUCCAUACAUUGCCACACCACCUUUGUCUAGUCCCCCUGCUACACCUCCAACAUACCAAGCUAACGACCAGUCCCCUCCACCUCCACCAUCAUAUAGUCCGCCGCCAUCAGCUUUAGCUAGUCCUCAACCACCUCCACCACUGAGUCCACCAACAAUAGUUCCAACCACUAGCCCACCUCCUCCAGCUACUUCGCAAUCCCCUAUGUCUAGUCCACCAGCAACACCUCCAACGGACUCAACUGAUGAGGAAACUCCUACAUCACCACCAUCAUCUAGUCCACCAGUAGCUCUAUCAAGUCCUCCACCACCAUCAUCAAGCACACCACCGACUCCAUCUAUUGCCACACCACCUUUGUCUAGUCCCCCCGCUACACCUCCAACGUACCAAGCUGAUGAUCAAUCCCCUCCACCUCCACAAUCAUACAGUCCGCCACCGACAACUUUAGCUAGUCCUCCACCAUCACCAUUGAGUCCACCAGCAAUAGCACCAACCACUAGUGCACCUCCUCCAUCUACUUCCCCAUCGCCUAUGUCUAGUCCACCAGCAACACCUCCAAUAGACUCAACUGAUGAGCAAACUCCACCACCACCAUCAUCUAGUCCACCAGUAGCUCUAUCAAGUCCUCCACCACCAUCAUCAAGUACACCACCGGCUCCAUCCAUUGCCAUGCCACCUUUGUCUAGCCCCCCUGCUACACCUCCAACGUACCAAGCUGAUGACCAGUCCCCUCCACCUCCACCAUCAUACAAUCCACCACCGACAGCUUUAGCUAGUCCUCCACCACCAUCAUUGAGUCCACCAGCAAUAGCACCAACCACUAGCGCACCUCCUCCAUCUACUUCCCCAUCGCCUAUGUCUAGUCCACCAGCAACACCUCCGACCAACCAAGGUAACCACCCACCGCCAUCAUCACCAUUAAGUCCGCCUACCACACCUCCGACGUACCAAGUUAACCAACCACCGCCGCCACCACAAUUUAGUGCUCCUGCCACACCUCCGACCUAUCAAGGUAAUGCCCAACCACCGGCAUCGGCAACAACACCGCCACUUGGUGCCCCUUCUGGCAAUGGAUGGGUGCAAGUUCAAAACUUUCAUGACGCCAUGUACUGGCAAAUCGGGCGCUUUGUGGUGUACAAGUUGGUAAACAAGAAGGACAACUCCCUUGUGGAUGUGCUCUAUGUGAGCAUGCAACCUGCAGGAAAGGGCAACAACUACUUUCUUGUGAUAAAAGUAGCAGAUGAAUAUAAGAAGGUCGGCAAGUAUCAUGUGCUCCUAUGGGGUGUGCCUGGGUCAGCAGAUGAAGCAUGGAAAGUAUAUUGGCUCAAAUUUGUAGGAAACUAAGCACAUGGUGCAAACAGGAUCAUCUAGCUAUCGACCAUGCAUGGCAUUUGUAGGGAGAAGAUAUAUGUCAAUGUCCGCCUGCAUAGAUUAGUUGAUUUUUGUAGCUUUGAGGGGCUUGAUAUCCAACUAUAUGUUCUAAUUUCAGUGAUAAAUUUAUGUUGUGUUCUCAUUAAAA